AUGCCUCGAUCUUCUCGUACAGGUGAGGAGCCGUAUAAGCAUUUGCAGGAGUUUGAUGUCGUGUGCAACAGUAUGAAGCCCCCGGGCAUUACAGAAGAGCAGAUAAAAAUGAGGGCAUUUCCCUUUUCCUUGAAGGAUUCUGCAAAGGACUGGCUGGCUGCAAGUCUAAGAAAAGAAAUUUGUGGGAUCAAGCAGCAUCCAGGGGAGUCGCUCUAUGAGUAUUGGGAACGGUUCAACUUCUUGUUGCACAAGUGUCCCCAGCACCAGAUAAGUGAGCAGUUGCUCAUUCAGUAUUUUUAUGAGGGGCUCCUGUUCGGGGACAGGAGCAUAAUUGAUGCUGCAAGUGGAGGGGCACUGGUGAACAAAACCCCUCAAGAAGCACGGGAGUUGAUAGAGAGGAUGGCAGAGAAUUCACAACAAUUCGGUACGAGAGAGGAUUGUCCAAUACGCAGGGUGAAUGAGGUAGAGACACCCUCCAUGCAGCAGCAGCUAACUGAGUUGACUGCGUUUGUUAGGCAACAGGCUGUGAGAAAUGCAUCACAAGCCAAGGUAUGCGGGAUUUGCACUGGUAUAGGUCACCCUGCAGAUAUGUGCCCAAUGAUUCAGGAAGAAACUGCAGAACAGCCACCAGGGUACCAGCAGCAAUACCAAUCCCGACCACCUCCGCCCCCAAGCUCUGGUCCAUCUUUGGAGGAGAUGAUGAAACAAAUGAUGACAACCAUGGCGCAAAAUCAACAAAUGAUGACAACCAUGGUGCAAAAUCAGCAAAGGACGGACUCCGAAAUGCAGGAUAUAAGGAAUCAGAUAAGUCAAAUGGCCACAACAAUCAACCGUUUGGAUUCCCAGAACCAAGGUAAAUUGCCAUCUCAGCCCGAAUUAAAUCCGAAGAACGUAAGCGCAAUGACCCUAAGGAGCGGGAAGGAAAUUCAGGGGCCUGAACCUGUGAUCCCUAAGGAUAAAGAUGAGGAAAAGAUCGAAAAUGAGCUUGAAAGGGAGGACAACAAUGACGCGAUCAAACAAGUACCAAAAUAUGCCAAAUUCCUAAGGGACUUGUGUGUCAACCGAAGGAGGUUGAGGGGAGAUGAACGGGUCAUUGUUGGGGAGAAUGUACUAGAUGAGGAUGCCAAACCUGUACGACAGGCUCAAAGGAGGCUUAACCCCUUCAUGAUGGAGGUGGUGAAGAAGGAAAUUUUGAAAUUGUUAGAUGUGGGGAUUAUUUUUGCAAUAUCAGAUAGCCCUUGGGUGAGCCCGGUCCAGGUAGUCCCAAAGAAGGCAGGAGUGACGGUAGAGGCCAACCAAACGGGUGAACUCGUGCCAGUGCGAAAACCCACUGGAUGGAGGCAGUGUAUUGACUACCGCAGGCUGAACGCCGUCACCAAAAAGGACCAUUUCCCUCUUCCUUUCAUUGACCAAAUGGUUGAACGUUUAGCUUGUAGAGCUUACUAUUGCUUUUUGGAUGAAUUUUCAGGAUAUUUUCAGAUAGCAAUUGCACCAGAGGAUCAAGAGAAGACAACCUUCACGUGCCCGUUCGGGACCUUUGCCUAUAGACGAAUGCCAUUCGGGUUGUGCAAUGCACCUGCAACAUUCCAGAGGUGUAUGGUAAGUAUUUUUUCUGAAUAUGUGGAGAAAAUAAUUGAAGUUUUCAUGGAUGAUUUCAGUGUGUAUGGUGAUAGUUUUGAUACAUGUUUAGAUAACCUGAAAUUGAUCCUGAUAAGGUGUAUAGAGACUAAUCUUGUGCUUAAUUGGGAAAAAUGUCAUUUUAUGGUUGAGCACGGGAUAGUCCUGGGUCAUAUUGUAUCGUCUAAGGGCAUCGAGGUUGACAGGGCUAAAAUAGAUAUUAUAUCUGCUUUGCCUUACCCCGCUAGUGUGCGGGAGGUACGCUCUUUUCUUGGACAUGCAGGUUUUUACCGGAGGUUCAUCAAGGAUUUUUCAAAAAUUGGAGCCCCGUUGUUCCAACUCCUACAAAAGGAGGUAACCUUCGAAUUCGAUGCCAAAUGUGAGAAAGCCUUCGACAAGUUGAAAGAGUUGUUGACCUCACCCCCAAUCAUCCAGCCCCCUGACUGGAGUCUACCAUUUGAGAUCAUGUGCGAUGCCAGUGAUCAUGCUGUAGGGGCUGUGUUGGGGCAAAGAAUGGGAAAGGCAGCUCACGUUAUCUAUUAUGCAUCCCGCGCCCUGAAUGGGGCCCAGUUGAAUUACUCCACUACUGAGAAGGAGCUACUUGCAGUUAUUUUUGCUCUAGAAAAAUUCAGGUCAUAUCUGUUAGGUGCUAAAGUGAUUGUAUUUUCUGAUCAUGCAGCAUUAAGGUACCUGAUGACCAAGAAAGAUGCAAAGCCAAGGCUCAUCAGGUGGAUAUUGCUACUACAGGAAUUUGACCUGGAAAUAAGGGAUAAAAGGGGCUCAGAGAAUUUAGUAGCUGACCAUCUGAGUCGUAUACCCGUUGGAGAGGAUAAGGAACCAUUGAGGGAUGCAUUCCCUGAAGAGCAUUUAUUUUCUUUAAAUUCUCAAUUGCCUUGGUAUGCUGAUCUGGUCAAUUAUUUGGUAACUGGUAAUUUUCCUGCAGGUUGGCCAAAGUCGAAGAGGGAUAAAUUGAAGAGCGACGCCAAGUACUUCAUCUGGGAUGACCCGUACCUAUGGAAGAGGUGUGCAGACCAAGUGAUGCGGAGAUGUGUAAGUGAACCUCAGACCAAUGGUCAAGCAGAGGUGUCGAAUCGGGAGAUUAAGUCCAUUUUAGAGAAAAUGGUGCGCCCUGAUAGGAAAGACUGGAGCCAAAGGUUGGAGGACGCACUCUGGGCCUAUCGGACGGCGUACAAGACUCCUAUAGGGAUGUCACCGUACAGGUUGGUAUUUGGGAAGCCGUGUCACCUUCCAGUAGAGUUUGAGCACAAGGCUUUUUGGGCGAUAAAGCAAUGCAACAUGAAUCUAGAGGAGGCCGGUGCCCAACGGAAGUUGGAUUUGCAAGAAUUGGAGGAGAUUCGGAAUGAAGCCUACGAAAAUGCAUUAAUUUAUAAGGAGAGAAGCCGAACAUUUCAUGACCAACAAAUUUCAAGGAAAACAUUUGAAGUUGGUCAGAAGGUCCUCCUAUACCAAUCAAGGCUCAAGCUAUUUCCAGGUAAGCUACGUUCCCGUUGGAUUGGACCUUUUAUUGUUACUCACGUUUUUCCAUAUGGUGCAGUUGAGAUCCGAAGUGCUAAGACAGACAACAAAUUUGUGGUGAAUGGACACCGUCUCAAAUAUUAUUACGAAGGAUUUUCAGGUAGAGAGGUGGAGACAAUGCGGCUAGACGCACCACCGUGUCCUAAUCAGUGA